GCGGCACACUGUUGCUAUGGUUACAGCUGCCACCAGAGCCAAUGGUGUAGAUCGUAGAUCCUGGAGGCCAAUGGUGUGCGUUGUAACAACAGUCACCACAGGAAAGACGGCCUCUAGUCCCGACAGCGUGCGCAGUCUCCAUGGCUCCGGCCGGAUGCGUGCUUGUGCGUCCCCCGCUGAGCGUGGUUGCCAUGACAACACUGGUUGGCUGUAGCUGAGCGACCCCAGCUAUUCUGUGCGCUCUUAGGGCAAUCCCCGUCUACAGCCCUAAGUGCACUUCAGGUCGAAGACGGACUGCUCUUCCCGGAGUGCAUAUUCUGGAUCUUUCCGGCUUCCCGAUUAGCUCCUUCGCAAGGCUGGCGAGCUUUGGUGUGCCCGGCUGGGUCGCGUUUCGUCCUGGAGAGUCGUGCUUCUCUCUAGUUGACAUCAGGAGGUGACUGUCCCUGAAGGUCUCCGUAGUCGCAAAGGCCCCGGAAACACCGCCGUUCCCUGCUCGUGGGCUGAGGGAAAGAACUGUGGGACCAGCUUCGUCACGCGCAGCCUUGCAUCCAGAUGAAGCUCUGCAGGCCUUUGGUAACCGCAGCAUCCGAGGUCAUCAAAAGCCCAAAUAAGGGAACCCAAAGAAAUGUGUCAAGAAGGCUUGUCUAGACUAGCUCUGAGCAGCUGCAGUAAACAGACCGAGUGCUCGCUGGGAGAGAGGAGGACACUAGCAGCAGCCCCAGAACUCAUGGACUCCAUGCUGGAGUCUCGAAGACACCCCAGCGGCAGCCUCCAGAAAGAAUUUCCCCAGCGUCAGAAUGAAGACACAGAGCCUCAGAACUGCCUCUUGAGGGAAGUGGAAUGCAUAGCACAGAGGCUGGGGGCGUCCCUGGAGGAGAUCCAGAGGACAGCAGAGGAGCCACAAGAGAAGAAGAACGAACAGAGAAAGUUAGAUAAUGCACUUGAGAAUGCUCGACUGGAAUUUGAAAAAUUGAAAAAUAGUCUAAUAAAACUGAAAGAAAGUGAUGCAACUGACUUACAGAAAGCAAGAGAACAUAACCAGAGGCUAGACGAGGAAAUUCUGGCUUUGAGAAACCGGGUUCGAUCGCUUGACUCCGAGAAAAAGGUGCUUGGAGAAAUGUACCUAACGUCUGGAGAGAGAGCGAACUACCAGCAUCAGGGGGAAGUGCAGCAACUGCGCCAGAAGCUGAACCGCCUCCAGGUCCUGUGCAGCUCAGCUGAAAAGGAGCUGCGGUAUGAGCGCGGCAGGAGCCUGGACUUCAAACAGCACAACAGUCUGCUUCAGGAGGAAAACGUCAAGAUCAAAAUCGAACUCAAGCAGGCCCAGGAGAAGUUGCUAGACAGCGCCAGGAUGCACUCUUCACUCACGGCCGAGUGGAAGCACUGUCAGCAGAGAGUCAAGGAGCUGGAGCUGGAGGGACUCAAGCAGGCGCGGAGCAUCAAAUCCCAGCAGAGCCUUCAGGAGAAGCUGGCUUGGGAGAAAUCCAAAGUGGCCGAUGCUCAGGAAAAGAUUUUGGACCUGCAGCAGAAACUAGACCAUGCUGGACAAGUCUGCCUUUCAGAUGCUUGUGUUUUGCUGAAGAAGCAACUGGAGGAGGAGAUCAAGGAGUCCAAGAGCAGUGAGGCUAGACUGCAGCAGCAGUUACAGGAGGAACAGCAGAGGAGGGUAGUCCUGGACCAGGACAUGAAUGAGCUCCAGAGGCAAGUGAGGACCUUGCAGGAUAAGGAGGACCAGCGGGAAGCAGCCAGUUCCCAGCAACAAGAGACCCUUUGCCAACAACUGGAAAGUGAGAAGAGGAAGUGUGAGGAGUUUGUCAAGAGCAACCAGGAGCUGGCGGAGAAGCUGGCCAGGCUACAGCAGGAGAAGGAAGCUCUGUGGCAAGAGCACGGGCAGUUUCUGGAGCAACUUGGUGAGCACGUGAGAAACUACAAAGACAAACACCACUGCCACAAGGUCAAGCUGCAAAAGGUCAAGGACCGUCUAACUCAUGAGCUAGAAAUAAGAAAUAAGAGGAUUAAAGAGCUCGAGGAUGAAGUUGGGAAACUGCGACAAAAAAUUGAAAUGGAGAAGGCAUUCCAGGACCAGAUCAUGACCCAAAAUGACAUCCUCCUCCUGGAAAAGAGGAAGCUUCUAGAACAAGUCACAAAUCAAGAAGAACUGAUCUGCAGCAAUAAAUCCACAAUCUCUGCAAUCCAGAGCAAGGUGUUUUUACUGGAUAAAGGAAACCAGCAGUUGCAAGAGAACUGCGUCCGGCUCAUGCAGCACAUCAGUCUCUUAGAACGCAUUAUAAGGAGCAUCCAGAUUCGCAGAACGGAAGAAACAAUGAUCAGUGACAAUGCUGCUUUUGAAAUACUCAGGAAAAUGCUCCCUUUACAGAGCGCCAGUUUCUCAGGAACAGGUUUGGUACUGUCAGCUGAAAAUCUCCAGGAGACUGAGCUACAUAAAUCAGAAGGGACAACAGCGGUCGUCAAGUCCCCCGAACCUCUUUCAUGUUCACAGAAUUCAGAAAGUGGAUACAUAAAUGUGACUUCUCUGAAAGAGACAUACAGCAUGCAGGGGGACCAAAAGCCAGGACUAUGACAUCACUGGUGUCUAAAACAAUCCUAACUGAAACCUACUAACUCAGAGCAUGGAUAUAAAAGGUGCACAUUGACCUGGAGAAGUCUCACAGAACACCCUGGACAGCCGCAAGGAGUCUUCAAAAUUGCUGAUCGAACAGUCAUUAAAAACUUUCUAAAAACA